GUUCACAUGGAACAGAGUUUAAUCUGGUUCAGGUAAAUGGAACAUGGAUUCGACAAACUGGACCGUGCCAAGAAAAGGAUGGGAAAUCUUCAGAUGCUAAAAUCUAUGAGAAGAAAUUGGACCAAGGAGCUUCCUGGACCGUGGAGAUGAAGACAUUCAAGCCAGCGAAAAAGCAAAACCUGUGAAGCGCUUUAUUGUUAUUGAUAAAACUGUACACCAGCUGUACGGCUCUAAGGUCUCUCAAUACUUUGAUGCCAGGGGAGUCAUUUACAAGAUCCUUCCUCUACCCACCACUGAGGAGAAUAAGAACAUGGAGCUAGUGACCAAAAUUCUGGAGGAAGUUCACCAGUUUGGGAUUGACAGACGUUCUGAGCCUAUCAUUGCACUUGGAGGUGGAGUCUGUUUGGAUGUGGUUGGUCUGGCAGCAUCUCUCUAUCGACGAAGGACCCCAUACAUUCGUGUGCCAACCACUCUGCUGUCAUAUGUUGAUGCUAGUGUCGGGGCCAAAACUGGGGUCAACUUUGCUGGAGGAAAAAACAAGCUAGGAAGUUAUGUUCCACCAGUGGCAACAUUUUUAGACAGCUCAUUCUUCCAAACUCUCCCUCUACGGCAGAUCUCUAACGGACUUGCAGAGAUGUUAAAGAUGGCCCUGAUGAAGCACCGUAGCCUAUUUGAGCUCCUUGAGUCGAACGGUAAGAAACUGUUGCAUGCCAAGCUGCAGCCAUCCGAAACCUGCAGUGACUCUGAACAGGAAGACAGCGCUGCAGCAUCCAUGCGCAUUGCCAUAGAAACAAUGCUAGAGGAACUGGCUCCAAAUUUGUGGGAGGAUGAUCUAGAUCGGCUGGUGGAUUUUGGGCAUCUUAUUAGCCCCGAACUAGAAAUGAGAGUUUUGCCUGCUCUGCUUCAUGGGGAGGCUGUAAACAUCGAUAUGUCCCUCAUGGUCUAUGUGGCCCACCAAAAGGGGCUUCUUACAAAAAAAGAGAAGGAUCGUAUUAUCCGGUGUAUGCUGGGUCUGGAGCUACCUGUGUGGCACCAAGACUGCUCCCUGGCCUUGGUGCAAAAAUCUCUUGAAGAGCGUCUGAAGCACUCAGCAGGCUCCCUGAGGAUGCCUCUACCAACAGGACUGGGAAGAGCUGAAAUCUUCCAUGAUAUGAUAGAAGAUGACAUCAUUUGCCAAGCAUUCCACAACUGGACUGAAGAACUUUCUGGCUUUGAUGGAGGGGUUAAAGAUACAUGAGAGCCAUCUACCCAUUGGGGGCGCUAACAACCCUCUUCAUUAUCAUCCAUGCUGACACUGCUUUUGCGGCUGCUGUCCUUUGAAGCGUCUGGGGAGACGGAGG